CUGCCCACCACGCCCGACCUGCAGUCUCCCGCUACCUACCAGACCACUCGGGUAAGUGAGAAGUAAAUUUGCAGCUGAUGAAGUUUUCCAGGUCUUGUCAUUACGUUCUUUUGUUACGCUGCACGCACCUUGUUUUUUUCGGGAGCUUUAUGGAGCCGAAGUACUUCGGAAGGGUAACCAGGCGGCGGGCACUCAGGUUCAUUGUUAAGAUUAACCGCGUCUGGACAUCGCCGAAGCUCUAUUUUUACAGACAACCUGGACAGCUCCAUAUAUACCUAUUGUUCGAUCCAUUCAGUAAAAUUUACAAACAGCGACACACCGACGACGAUGACCGUGGUGGAGUGGUGGAGUCCUAUCUCAGCCAAUGGCCAAAAUCCGAGAAGUCUCGUAAGCCACAAAUUCUAGCUCAAACGAGAUUAAUCGGCAAGCAAAUAGGGCUUGAGGCCACUGUGUACGUACUACUACGUACCGUGAAGCUGCCAGUGGCGUUCGAUCAUCGCACUAAUUUCAUAUCUGGGCCCAAGCACCAGUAUAGUGACGCGCUUUACAAAAUCAAAAGAACCAGUGGCGUAUCGCAGUACUGCCUACAUAGUUGUAACCCGAUUUAUCCCGUGACAUGGACAGCGAAACAGGCUAUGUCAGGAUAUAUAGACCAAGACGAUCUACACUUGGCAGGUGGGAUGCUUGAGGGCAGCCGACGGCGCUGCGCAUGUCUCGCCUUGGUUUAUCUUCUCUAGCUAGACCUUUGGUUCAGACGAGAAUGAUCAUUUGUUUUCGAAAAGACGCUGCGAGCUUCGUUACGGCUAAACUGUGGAACAUCCUGACGAGCCAACAACGCUAGUACAGUCUUUUUUGUAUCAUAUCAUCUGGCCUGGACCUGUCUUGUUCCCAAACAUCCUGUCGAAAAUAUUGCACCUCUACUCGUCCGUUUGAUAGCAACAUAAACGGGGGUGUGAUAAUGUUUGGUAUUUGCCAUUGUCGUGAUUAUUUCACAACUAUGGCACUAAUGGUCGCUCAUGCAC